AUGGCGGAAAAUCUGACUUUUUUCAUUCCAUAUCAUACUGGAUAUGCUCAUGCAGAAUUAGUUCAUUCAUUUGCAUCCUACACGGAUGUUCACCUUUUUAUCUAUAAAUGGAAUCCAGCAUAUGAACGCGUUAAACAAUAUUUCUCGCAUGUUAAACAAAUUCAUAUUCAUGACUUUAGUAUUGAUAAUAUUAUAUCUCAAUUAAUAGAAGAAAAACAUCGAAAAGUUGUCGUUCUUUUAACAGCAUCAACAAAUUAUUUAUUUGGACAAUUACAAUUACGUCUAUUUCGUCUAAUUCAACAAUAUAGUCCAUCACUUAUUGAUGUUUAUCCUGUUGGACAUUGCAUGUAUGGAUGUCAAAGUUGUGCUUAUGCAUAUACACAUUGUUUACCAAUAACAUUUACAAACUAUAUUCAAACUAAAGAGAAAAAAUUAUCUUUCGAAAAAGAUUUUGAAAUUCUUAUUUGUCCAAGUUAUUCGUUUACGAAUGCUCCAUUUAGUCUUUUAUCUAAUUCUGAUAUCAUUGAAUAUAUGUUAAAAUUAGAUUAUUCUCAUGCCAUUAAAUUACAUCCAUUAGCAUAUGAAUGUAAAGAUAAUGAAAAACAUCCGUUUUUAUCUUUAAUUGAUAUAGAAAAAAAACAUGUUGAAAAAUUAUUUCAAUCUAAAAAUGUUAUACUAAAUGAACAGACAUCAACAUUAAAAUUAAUUGAACAUGCUCGUGUUAUUAUAUGUGAUUCAAAUUCAUCCAUACCAUUUGAAACGCUUUAUUUUCACGAUAAUAAAUUUAUAUUUGUUUAUGAAACAAUAGAAGAAAGUGAUGAACAAGAUGAUCGACAAGACUAUUUUCAUAAAUUUCAUACUGUUGAAGAAUUGAAAUGUUUGAUUGAAAAUUAUUUCAAUCAUCAACUUGAAUGUAAAACAGAAAAUAGCCAUGAUUUCUUUUUAGAAAAAUACGACGAACCUAAUGGAAAUGAAAUUGAACAAUUAGCUCAAAUACGUCAAUGGAUAAAAACUGAUGAAGAAAAUGAUGAAAAAGAAUCUUUUGAUUUAGAUUCAAUUAAAGCAGCCGUUUAUGAUGAAUUCAAAUCGAUCUCCACACCUAUGGCUUUAUAUACACUAGGUGAUCAUACGAUGUCGGAAAUAGCUCAAAUUUAUUUUAGCGAUGAAAAUAGUUUAUUUGAUGCUAUGCAAGAUAAUGCUAACGAACUUUGA